AGAAGACACAGCAGAGCCAUGAAGUUUCUGUUGCUGCUGGCUGUGGGGCUGGACCUGGCCUGGGCCCAGCAGGACCAAAGCCAGGUUCCCGUGCAGCAGGGCUUCAGCCCUGAUCAGGUGACAGGGCCCUGGAAGACCCUCAGUCUGGCUUCCACUAACCGGUCCGUCAUUGAAGAAGGAGGUGCUUACAGGUGCUUCAUGACUGGUAUUGUCCACCUGGACAACGGCAACCUGAAUGUCACCUACUUUCACAGGAAAGACGGAAAAUGCGUGAAGGAAUUCUUCGUGGCAGAGAAAACUGACAUCCCUGGACGCUACACCUUUGAGUACCAAGGCCAAAACUAUCUGACUUUUGUGGCCGUCACUAAGGACUACGUCAUCAUGGACUUUGAAAACCAGUGGGAAGGAAAUACCCUCAUUGUGGUUGAGCUCCACGGCAGGACUCUGUUUUCAGGUAAACUGGGAUUGCCGGCCUAUUUGAAGCACACAGCCAGAAGAGGCAUUGGAGCAGGCAACAUUGAGGACGUGUCCUUGAAUCGUAAGCCUCCUUUCCUACAGCUUCUUCUCUACUGCCUCUUCAGAUCCCCAUGA